UCUUAGUUCUGUAACUAGCAGUGUGAAAAGGAUGGAGACAACUUUCGAUGUUGCCGGCAAUAUGAUAUCGACUCCAAUUGCAACUACGCCGGGAGUGCAAUCAUCAUUCUGGGUUAAUCAUCGUCCUGGUUCAAACAAAACUUUACAUCUCCUUGGCAUACCACUUCCAGGUUUAGCAGCCCAUAUGAGGUGUAAAUCAAUGACUGAUAUUCCAUUACAUAUUGCUGCUACUAUUGCUGCUAAUAAAAAGAAUGAACUAGCAAUGAGUCGGACGAUAUCAUCUGAUCUACUCAACCGAUUGCUAACGUCAUCAUCGACAGUAAACGGAAGAUUAGGGGAUGUUUCAACGUCUACUAUAAAUAGACUUGGAACGGAGAAGCCAAUGUUUUCUACUGAUACGUUACCAGCGUUGGCUGAAGUAAGGGAAGAAGCGGAAGACGAAUUUCUGCAUCUACUAAUUUGUCCUGAAAGAGAAGAUGCACAGUUUAAGCUUACACCUGCAUACGUGGUAUAUGUGGUUGCACGCCAUCGACUUUUGUUCCCUUCACAAACGGAUUCUAUUGGUGAUAGCCGUACACGACUACAGCUAUUUUUAACAAAAGCUGCUAAUCGUUUUUUACUUGUUUCAAAGCAACAACGAUCACGGGAGUCUCUGGGAUUCUGGCUGGCAAAUUCAAGCGAAUUGUUGAAUUUCUUCAAGCAGGAUAUCGACUUAUCAUUAUUGUCACGUGGUAUGCCUCAGCAGAUUUUAGCUGGUUGUGUUGAGAAGACAUUUGAAAUGUUGGGAACAGUUUUAAAAAGCAGUCUAGACAGCACGUUGAAUUCAAUCAGAGAUGCAUUCUUGGAUGAUCGAUCUGCUUCACAUGACAUGGUCGCAAGACUGGAGGAAAUUAUGUGUUUGUUACGUCACUGUCGCUUGAAUGCAGCAUUAACGAUUCAAUUAUUCUCGCAAUUAUUUUAUUACAUAAAUGUCGUGCUUUUCAAUUGGCUUGUAUCUCCAUCUGGCAUACCUUAUUGUAGUCGAGCCUUCGGUGUUCGGCUACGAACUCGUCUUGGUUACGUGAAUGAGUGGGCCUACCAGCAAGGACUGGAACUAGCAGCUGAAUGUCACAUGGAUCGUAUCAAUCAAGCAAUAAUUCUUCUUGUAACACCGAAAACUGUUGAUCAGAUCAGUAAUUUGGGUGCAACGUGCUACAAAUUGAAUAGUGUACAGGUACGUUGGUUCCUUGAGCAUAUAGUGCUAGAUGUUGGUGAAGAGCCAGUUUUGAAUGAACUAGUUGAAAGUAUUGUGCGGCUUGCGGAAAUUCAUGCAGAUGCGAUGGCAACACAAGAUGAAGCAUCCAUAAAACUUGAAGAAGAACCACAACUGCAACUGCCGUUUCUGCUUCCUCAGGAUGGCUACUCUCCAGACCUCAUCCGUGGACUUUCUCCUGCUUUUGCUGAAGUAAUUAGUGGAUUGCAAGCGCAAGGCUUAUGUCGUUUCCUUCCACAGAACCAUUCCUCAGGCAGUUGGACAGUUUUUCUAAAAGCUGGAUCUGCAAGCGAAGAAUCUACAAAAAUGAUAGGUUCAUUGCAAAAAUUGCAGGACAAAGAACCGACCAAAUUAAAAACAGAAACACUAUCGAACAGUUUGCAUGAGCAAAAAUCGAUGUCCAGUGUAAAUUCACUAUCCAGACGAGAACGAGAUCCGGAAAUUGUAAUGGUCAGUAUUAAUCGUGGUACUGGUGGAAUCGGAUUAAGUAUUGUAGCUGCUCAGGGAAUUGGAGAACGUUCUAUUGGUAUUUAUGUAAAGAAAGUUGUGGAUAAUAGCGCCGCACAUCGGGAUGGUCGCCUUGAAUCUGGAGAUCAGCUACUUUCUGUCAAUGGCCAGUCACUUAUUGGCAUCAGCCAAGAAGAAGCGGCAUCGAAAAUGUCCUCGAGUGGACCGAUCGUAUCGUUUGAGGUAUACAAACAUGCCGCACGAUACAAUGGUCUGUACGAAUGGUUAAAUAAUCCUCCACAAACACAAGUAUCAUCAUCAGGCAUCCAUUCUGUUGUACAGGCAGGUCAACUACCUCCUGCUCAACAGUCGACCAUGCCAAAUUCUUCGGAAAAUGCAACUGUUUACGCUGCUAAUACUCAGCGAUUUUCACGCCAAAAUUCAGCUACAUCCAUGGCUUCUAAUUAUUCCAGUAAUUCCCAUUUCAACAAACCUGCCCGUAACGGAUAUCCUGGGGCGACGAAUAACAGUACUUAUCGGACACGACUGCAAGAUGGUUCUAUUACUGCAACCAAUCAGCAACCCAUCAAAAGUCGUUCAGCUUCAACAUCUGACAUUUAUCAGAAUCCGGUUGACAAAGCACUGACGAUAUCUCUGACAUCGUUGCAGCCAUCUUCUGGUGCUACAACUGCUCCAGUACAUUGUGAAAAAUGUCAAACAAGUACAAACUCUCAACGUAGUACCAUGCCAUCUCAUUAUCGGAAUGUUCGUCCCAUCGUUAUUCAACCUUCACGUCCCACGCCAUCGCCAACUGUACGUCAACAGCAACAGCAGUGUCAUUCACGAUCACAUUCUCCAUCUCAUUUUUAUGCCAAUUCGGCUUUGUCCUCUUCCAAUCAUUGCCAUAAUUCAGCACUGAAAAACGCUCUAUCAUCCGAAUAUGUUCUGUCAAGUGCAUCGUCGUCACCGAUUACCGAUUAUGCAAAUUUACCCUUGAUCGAAGACCAUUCUACUUUCGAAUCAUCCUAUUCUUCUACCUCUACCCGUAGCAUCCUUCCGUAUCAGCGUCCUUUUCCACACAGUUCUACUCAGCAACAGUUUGAGGCUUCACGAACUGUUAGUACAAAUCUCACGUUACGUGAACAGAAUUCGGUUGCUUCCACGUCAUCGCACGAUUCUACACGAUCAUCAGCUGUUGCUGUAGCACAAGAACCAAGAAUGGUGAUGGAUGAAUGUCCAGGACGUCGGUUUACGAAGAAAGCACCACCUGUACCACCCAAGCGUCAUAUCACUAGGCGAGAUGAGUUAAACAAGCAGCUGGAUGAGCUUGAAUCAAAAGGUUCUGCAAUGACUGAGGCAGAUCAUCAAAAGUAUCGUGAGCUUGUUAACGAGUUAGCAAAAAUUCGCAUACCAUUUCCGAUUGAAUCAAAUUCAAGCAAGAACAUCGUUGAACAAGAGGAAUCGAAAUCCCAAAUGCGAGAAAUCGUUAUACCUGCCAGACAGAAUGAUUGCUGCUUUGAACGACCGGAAAACUUACCAACAUUUGAAAAAUGUGAAAAGACAUCAAUAAAAUUAGAAGUUGAUGAAGUGGGAAAAAUACCUGAACAGCAGAAGCUAAAUACUCUUGCAGUUGAUGCAGAAAGAUUUCUGGAAGAAAAGAAAGAUUCUUUGUUGACUAAUGAGAAUUCCGAUGAAACGGUAACAAAGAAAAAGGGAGUACAGUGGGAUGACAAAGUCGCAGAAAAUCAUGGGAAAACACAUUCCAACGGUGAUAAUAAGCUUAUUUACGAUGAUGACGAUCAACCGGAACCAAGAGCUCAAGUACUUGGCACUCAUGAAAUAUAUCGAGAUCCACGACAGGCACGCCUUAUUGAAUUGGAAGCAAAACAACAUGCAGCAAAAGAAGCAAAGAUUGAUGGUUCCAAAUUAGGAUUCCGCGAUAAAAUGCAGCUCUUUGCGGAGCAGAUCGGUGAGAAAGCUCUGAAGAAUCGUUACAAAGCAUCCACUAUACAGCGUGAAAUCGAGCAAACAAUGGAUGAUUUAUGAAAUUCUUCCCUGAAUAUUGGACUUAGUUAAUAAGUACAACGCCAUAAAAAUGAAGUACAAACAUUGUGUAUGAUUUCUUCUUCUGAGAAAAACAGUU